GCAGUGACCGGAAGUUAUUAUUUAUUUUCCCUUUAGAUGCAGUGACCGGGGAAAUCAAUAAAUAAAUUAAGAACUGAUUGAAUAUUGUGUUAUGAUGUUUUAAUAACUCUUUCUUGCUAUUUUUUAAUAACUUGAGGAUGCAAACUUCACAAAGUGUAAGAACAAUUACAAUAUGCAUUAAAAUAAAUUAUCAAUCAGAUUUGUUCCAAAUACUAGUUACAAAUUGCUUACUUAUAGUAUCGUAUAGUAUAGUAAUAGUGUGUCAGUAUCAUAGACUAGUACUAGUGACAUAGUAGUCGUACUUAGUUAACUUAGUACUAUAACUUGGCUGUUUCAGAUUUAGCGGCCCACGUCGACUUUGUUAAGGUUAGGCAUAGGGAUCGAUUUAGGGUUCAGGUUAGGCAUAGGGAUAGAUUUAGGGUUCGGGUUAGGCAUAGUCAUAGUGGCAUAGGGAUCGAUUUAAGAUGUAAAAGUGCACGCAUGGAAAUAGACGCGGGCCGUAUAACUCUUAUAUUAUAAAGACUAAAUCAAUAAAAUGUGUUAUUUAACUUAGGCUAGUUCAGCAGUGGCUUGGCUAGUCAGCCACUAAUCGGUUUUGACUUCAAAAAUCGUGGUUCUUGAGAAGAAAUUUGGCUCUCAAAAUUUUUUAAAUCAUCCUGCUGCUGAUUUUUGGCUCUUUUGAAAAACACCUUUGCUGACAACUGGGCUAGUGGAUCACUAAGCCUAAUCUAAGGUCCAAGGAGUAUCCUCCGGCUAAACUAAAGGAAACCUAACUAAAUAAGCCAAGCCAAAGUCUUCCAUCAUUUUUCAGUGUAUGUAGUAUGUGAAUCAAGGCCUUCUGGCUACUCUAUUAAUAUACUAAUGGUUAGCUAAAGAAGAGGGGGGGGGGGGGGGGGGUGCAUGUCUAUUGAAUUGGUAGUUUAGUAGUAUUUCUACUAAUAGUUAAUAGCUUCUACUUACUACAGAGCUAUUUUUAGUAAACAACCAAUGAGUUCAAUGACAAUGCCAAUAUCUUGACUCUUGUAGCUUGGUAGUCCAGCCUAGCAAAAGAAAAUGAGAUCUUUAAAAACCCACUUUCCAAGAUGAUGGCAAAAUAUUGCCCGGUUCAUUUAUUACUAAUUCUUACUGGUGACAAGACCUGUACUCGAUAAUGAAUCCUGAACUGAAAUAAUUUUAGCUUUAAAAUUCAGCUGAGGCUGAGAAAUAAUUUCAUUGUAAAAAUGUUUUGUAUGCUAAUUAUUAUAAUUAAAAUUAUUAAUUAAAAUAUAGGCCUUAGUAGGCACUUCGAUGAGAUCCGGGAAUUGCCGAAAACCGGGUAUCAUGAUUUCGUUAUCAAAAUGGCGACCUCCACUUUUUAAUUUACAGAGAGCCUCGUUGUUUACGAUUUUUUUGUUAAUAAUAGCCCAGCAUGCACAUUCUUUCAUUCUAUUUCUGCCCACAACUUUGAGUAGACAUGUUUUGUUAUUAGACACUUUUGUUCUAAAAAAUAUUUGAGAUCUUAACUUUGAAAAUUGAAGGUAAAAUAAUGCUUAUUUUAAUCAUAUAUGAUCAGUCGGAUAGGAUAAAAAAUGCCAUUAAAAGAUCAGCAGAAAAAGUAGUGGGAUUUCAGCAAGCCAAUAAUAGAAUAGGCUGGUUCGACGAUGAAUGCAGAGAGACUGUGGAAGAAAGAAACAAAGCACGAAUGAUCAUGUUACAAAGGGAAACCAGAAAGACAACACAAAUAUACAAGGAAGCCAGAAGGAAAGCAACAAAAAUGUAUAGGAAGAAAAGGAGGGAAUGGGAAAAAGAUAAACUAAAGGAAAUAGAAGAUUUAUCAAGAGAGGGAAAUAUAAGAGGAAUGUACAUGAAGAUAAAAGAUGAAAAGAAUGGAUACCAAGCCAGACCACAAAUGUGUGAGAGCCACAAUGGAGAAUUAAUCACAGAAAAUAGUAAAGUACUGGAGAGGUGGGCUGAAUAUUUUGAGGACAUACUGAAUGCAGACAAUAGACAAUAAGAAGAUUAUCAACCCCCACAGGGAGGACCAGACCCUUUUAUACAAUUCCCAACCCUAGAAGAAAUCAAAGAGGUAAUUAAUUAUAUGAAAAAUUACAAAGCCCCUGGAAAGACCUCAUCACACUGUGAACAGCAGAACUGAUUAAAUAUGGAGGAAAAGAACUACACAAUCAGAUACAUAAACUUAUAACUAAAAUUUGGCAAGAAGAGAAAAUCCCAACAGAAUGGGAAACAGCAUUAAUAACCCCAAUACACAAGAAAGGCUCCAAACUUCAGUGCAUAAACUACAGAGGAAUAUACAAAAUACUGACAAAGCUUAUUACCAAAAGACUACAACCUUACACUGAAGAAAUAAUAGGUGAUUACCAUUGUGGAUUCAGGCCUAACAGAUUGACUGAUCAGAUUUUUACCAUCAGAUGCCUAUUAGAGAAAUGCUAUGAAUGUAAUAUACCAGUACAUCAACUCUAUGGGGACUAUAAAAUGGCCUAUGACAGCAUCAAAAAAACUAUCUAUAUGACUUAUGAGACUCUGCAGGAGUUUGGGAUACCCAGCAAACUGACAAGACUAAUACAUGUAACACUAAACAACUCAAAAAGCAAAGUCAAGAUUCAAGGAGAAUAUUAAAGGGGAUUUCAUAUUAAACAAGGCCUAAUGCAGGGAGACACACUGUUUUGUAUGCUUUUUAACCUAACAUUGGAGAGAGUUAUUAGAAACAUACACAUUGACAUUCAAGGAACUAUAACAGGAUACUUUCUGAGGGAAACUCAAGACUCACAACCAACGGUCACACUCUACAACCAACCAAUUCAGUAACUUGAAUAUGGUGAUGACAUUGCACUUCUAGGGAAAAGUAUUAAAGACAUAUCAAAAUUCUUUAUUGAAUUAGAAGAUGCAUCUCUACAAGCAGGGCUGGAAGUUAACAACCAAAAAACAAAUACAUGACCAUGAUAAGAGAAGAACGAACAGAUAAGCAAUUAACAUUAGAAACCAGACUUUUGAAAAAGUAAGUCAAUUCAAAUACCUAGGAUCCUUGUUAAAUGAAAGAAACGAAUUACUAACAGAAAUGAAAGAAAGAAUAUCAGCCGGAAACAGGGCAUACUUCAGUAGUCAGAAAAUACACAAAAGUAAAAACAUUACAAGAGAAACAAAGAAAACUAUUUAUAUAACUGUUAUCAGGCCAGUUGUAACAUAUGCAAGUGAAACUUGGACCCUAACAAAAACAGCAGAAAACCUAUAAAACACAUGGGAGAGGAAAGUUCUCAGGAAAAUAUAUAGGCCAACAAAGGAUGAAUAUGGACGGAGAAUACGAACCAACCAUGAAUUAUACAGUCUAUAUCAUGAUCUCACGAUAGUAGCAGAAAUAAAAAGAGGCAGGCUACGGUGGGCAGGACACCUAGAGAGAAUGCCAAAUGACAGAGGAACGAAGAGGGUGCAUCACCAAUACCCCAGAGGAAAAAGGCUCAAAGGCAGAUCUAGGCUUAGGUGGAUAGAUGAUGUGGAAAAAGAUCUACAACAGCUGAAAGUCCAAGCAUGGAAAAGAAAGGCAUUAGUUAGGUCUGAGUGGAAGGAAGUGGUGAGGCAGGCCAAAGCCCUUCAUGGGCUGUAGCGCCACAGGGAUGGAUGGAUGAUUUUAGGGAAAUUUUUAAAAAAAUAUUUUCACAGAAUUAAUUAAUUUCAAAUAAUUGACAAAUCAGCACAUUUUAUACAUUUUUUUUUUAAAAUGAAAAAAUCAAGAUUUUUUUUUUUUUUGCGGAAUAUUAACAAAAACUAACUUAUAUUUUGUGGCUUUAUUUAGAGGUACUCUUAUUUUACUAUGUUCCCCGUAAAUAUUAUAUUUUUGUCUCAUUUUGCACUAAAGUUAAAGCAAAUUGAUGGUCACAAAAUGUGGAGGAAAAUCCCAUAGUAAAAAAGUGCCUUUGAGGUCCCUACUAAAAAAUUCAUAACUUUUGAACCACUUGAGCUUUGAGCUAGAAAGUUGAUCUUGGUGUUUUUGUAAUCUUUUCACCAGGCUCUAUACAGCUGUAGUAUUUUUAUAUUUUUAAAAAUGUUUUGAAAUUUUCAUCAAAGUGCCUAGCCUUAGAUAUUGAAAAUACAAUAAUAAUAGUUUUACUGCAUACAAUAUAAUGUCAUAUAAAAAAUAUUGUUACUUUAGUUAAUUGAAAGGGUAUAGUAAAGAUUGACUCAAAGAUGGCAACAGAAGCUUUGGCCAAUUUCUGUUUAGGAACAUAGUCACAUGACCUCCUUCCCCCCCCCCCCCCCCAAUUGAUUUUCUGGUGGGAGAUGGCCUAGUGAGUUACACAAUUAAGCAAUUUUUCAUCUAUAACAAAUACAUUAAUUUAAUGUCUAGGAAUCCCUAUUUACUAUUCAUUUUUUAAUUAAUGCUAAGCAAAAUCAAUGUUUUUAAUAGCAUAGAAUCCAAUGAAAAUAUAAGCAGUGAUACAUAAAAAUAAAAUAAAUAAAAACUAAGAAAAUAAGGGUAUUAUGCCUUGAAAAUCCAAUUUGGAGGGAAAUAAUGAGACUAGACAACAAUGAAAAUUUUGAAGUGUGACAUGACCUGUCUAAAACGUUGGAAUGCUUGGUUUUUUUCGGCAACACAUUGAAUUGGUGACACAAAAAGUCGGAAUUUCACAUACCGGUACCUACUUUUGAUUGUGAUUUUGGUGAUUUAAUUUUUUUUUUAAUACUAUUAAUAGUGACUACCAAUACUUUGACUUAGUCAAUACUGCUCUAUAUCAGUCUAUUACCAAUUAGUAGUUUUGGAUAGUAAAUUACCAAUAGUCAAUAGCUGCCUAGAAGCCACUGGUAGUAUAGCUGUCUAGAAUUUGAUAAUGUUGAUAAAAGUGUCUAAUUAAAUUCUAAUUAACUUGUGUUACAAUUUUAUGACAUUAUUUUUUGGGCUUCAGAGGUAAAAAUAAAAAAUUUACAAAAAUAAGCAACAGUCUUUGAAUAGUGUGAUGUCAUUUAUUUUUAUGGGUGGCCCCUAGGCCCACUUAGUGGAUCUUGAGGUGUAACUGACGGUAAUGAAUGAUUAUGUCAACAUGAGUGGUCAAGUUGCAACAAUGAGUAUGAUACUAAAUACUGAAUUAUGAUGUAUCGUAAAAGUAAAGGGCUACUUGCCUACUAUAAUCAUUAUAAUAUAAUGAUAAACUUUAGGCCUACUAAUUGGCUAAUAUUAUAUAGCCAUGGGUUCCAGGACCACUAGACUAUGCAACUAAGUAUUAAGUAGAAUUAUUAACUCCAAAAAUGCUUAUAUAUAUUAUAUUAUUAUUAUAAUAAUAAUUAUGAAAUAUAGAAGUAAUUUUUGAGGAUUGACAGCAUAAAGUAUGUUAGUAUUCAAGCCAUUGUUAUGUUUACAUCUGAAUAAGCUACCGGUAUUACAAACUAAAAUAUGAAGAAAAUGUAGCCAAUCAAAAUGAAUAGUUUAUUUGCAUUUCACUGCUUGUUCUGGUGAUACACAAGAGACCUCAAAGUAGUUAAUAGUUAAUGAAAUUACAAUGCUAGAAAUUAAUGGCUUUCUAAUCAUACAAUUGUAGAUUGUAUUGUAAGAUUCUUAUACUUAUUCUAAAUAAUCGUAACAAAGGUGUAAAUAUACUUUUAAUAUACACAACACAUUAUGGCCAUUAAUGCGAUUAUUUUGCUGAAUGACUCGCAGUAAUAAAUAUAUAUGAAGGUCAAGAAAAUCAGGCCUACAUUUUAUCUAAUUUUGUAACUUAAUAUUAUAUUUUGUUGAUCGUUGUAUUUCCUAAUAAAACCAAAAUCACAAAAUAAAAUUAAUUUAAAAACUCCUGAUAAUAAACAUAAAUGAAAAGGAUAAUAAUUUUAAAAAGAAAUGAAUUUCCUUUUGAACAAAUUGUUUUCAAACAAAUUUAGGGAAAUGAUAUGCAUAGUUAUAGCCAUAUAGUUUUAGGCCUAAUAUUUAUUACUGUGAGUCAUAAUGCCCAAAACAGUAGUAAAAAGUGUUAUUUAUAGCUAUUAAAGUGUAGGCCUACUUACAAAAUAAAUUGUUGAAUUAUGUUCAACAAUGAUUCAUAUUUAAUUUUAAAAAUGGUGGCCUAAUAAACUAAUAAGAGGGCUAGGUAGGAACUAGAACUAUAUACCAAUAUCUUAUUUAUAUGUUCUUUCUGCUACUUCUAAAUAAAGCAAAAUUUGGAUUUACCAUUAAGUUUAAUGAUAUGAAAUGUAGUUUAGCAAUAAUAAUAUCUAAUCCAAAAGGGUAGCAACCAUUUACUAAAUCAACAAAGGUCAAGACAAAACAAAUUCCAUGUGUUUCUAAAUUCUAUGACUGUGACGAGUAUGGGGGGACAAUGUUAGUAAUGUUAGGAGGCACUAAAGACAAUUGGGUAUUGCAGGAGGUGAACAUAAGUGAAACAAAUUGAUUGUGUCAAUCUCUUCCUCUUUUUGUGCCAUUUAUUCUGCCUCGGUCAUUCCACCUGCCGCCACCAACUUUGAGAGCCACUACUGACUAGUCUAAUUGAGGACAAGUAUUUUAGUUGUAAAAGAAACUUGUAGUACCCCAGUACUACUUACAAGAGUUAGCAAGUACUACAAUAGCUAUUUGAUUUCUUUAGUUCUUUAGAAGUAAAUUACUAGAGAUAAAAGUCAUCUUUGUCUCAUUAUUUACAAUGGCUUGAUAAAAACAACCCAUGUUUGUUUGUUUGUAACCAAAUGGUAGGCUACGAAAAUGUAACCCAUGAUAAUUACGGUUUACUAUGUAUUGCAUUUUAUUCUAGGCAAUUUAAUGCAAAUGAAUUUGUUUCUUUUAACCAGCAAGUUUACUCAGAGCUAAAAAUGCCCUACUUUAAUAUUAAUUUUUUUAAUGUGUAGAGGCCUAGGCUUUGAUUUAUACACACCAAGUAUCGCUAAUUUGAAUUAAUAAUAUUGGGAUAUAGAUUGUUUUAUUUAUUUAUUUUAAUGAAAUGUGUCUAAUAUUUUUCCAUAUAGUAAUACUGGUAGUAUGCCCCACAAUGGCAUAAUUUUAUUUUAAUAUGAGUAAUACAUUUUUGUUCAAGAAAGAGGAAAAGCAGUUGGAUGCAUCUCUUGAUGAUCUUAUUCACCAUGUGAGAGAGCUGAAACAGAGCAUAGCUGGCUUUAUCUAUAAACUUGAAAAUGAUUAUCAAAAUAUUUCAUGGUAAGUAUGUUUUCAUUGAAAUGAAACUUCUCUGAAAGAUAAAGUAGAGCAAGACUGAUAGAUAGGCCUACAGUAGGGCAAGUCUGAUAGAUAAAGUAGGACAAGACUUACAGAUAUAGAACAAGACUGUAUGAAGUUAGAAUAAUUUAGUUUUUAAAUGACCUAUUUCAUCACAUGCAUUUUUCACCAUAAUCUAAAAUUACUAUAACAAUUUAGAACUUCUGGCAGUCGUAGAGUUAACUUCAGAGUUAUGUUGAUUUGUUUGUUAGUCAAAUUUUUAAAGCAGUCAGUAUCAAUUUCAUGUAUUGCAUAUCAUUUCUAGUGUCACUUAGUUAGGCUAUAUGUUUAAAGCCACACACACACAAACAAACAAGAAAGAAUGCUAUAGUUUAUUGAUAACUUGCAUUGUUUUGAUGCAAAUCUUCAGAAAUGUCACUGUAGUUUAGUGAAUUGAAUUCUAAUCUCGGUUUAUUAAUUUGUAUCUUCCAACUACACAAUAUGCUGGGCUAUAAUCAAAUACUAAUUUGUAAGCAAGCUCUGCCAUCUGUUAAUGUAUGCAUGCUGAUAAAAAUCUGACAUUAUUGUGCUUGCAUACUGCCAGCUGAGUUGAUACGUUUAAAAACCUAAGAUGAUCAUUGUUGGUCUCCUUUUUUUGGACCAGCUACAGUAUUUAGUAACAGAAAUUUUGAGAUUAAUAUGGCAAAAUUUUCCCAGCUACAAUUGGUUCAGCUAGAGGAUGUAGUAACAGAAAUUUUGAGAUUAACUCUCAGUAACAAAUAAGCAGUGUGAUCAUACAUUUAGCUUUAUUGAAUUGAAUAGAUGGUGGGGAGAGUGGUUUGCUAGUGUGAAUUGGCGUGUUGAGCUGUAAGUAAGAAAAAUUUAAUAUUUUACAAACCGGUAAAUGUUAAUAUUUUGUCUGAAAAAUCUUUCACUAAAUUUGAACAUUUAAAAAUCUUUUGUACAGGCCUAAUAUGAUGGAACACUUUGGUGUUCUCUCUUCUGGCUUAAGUACUACUAAAAGACUGUUAAAGGCUGAAAAGAUGCCACUGCUGAGAAAUUAUGUUUUAUUCCCAAUUCUGCUCUCACCUGAUCGUGAUCCACAUCUAGAGGUAAUAUUAUAUAACACUGAACACAUUUAAAUAAUAGAUAGCCAGACACUUUUUAAUUUAUGGUACCGGGUAUAGUAUAACAUGCUAGAGAUUGUUCACCCUCUGUGCUUAAAAAAUAAAACCUGUUUUUAUGUUUUUGUGCAAGGUUUUGGGACUUAUUUUACUGUGUUUUUGUCUCACAAGUUGGCAUGUUUAUGAUAACUUUUCAAUUUACUUCUUUACUUACUUUCCCACACCAGCUUUGUUGUUUGUUUUUAAGUAUGACAGGCUUAGAAUUAUCAUGUCUUAUUGUUUGGGGUUACUGCAUCAUAUUAAAAAUUCUGUGACAUACAUCAUGGCAAGGAUCAAUAAAUAUUAAGAUUUUGUAAAAUUUAAAUCAAUAAUAUUGAUAAAUAGACAAGGAUUUGUUAUGGCUUGCUUUAUCAUAUAUUUUUCAAAUAUUUUAUAAUGAUCCAUAAAUACACAAACAAAUCAAAAUCUUUUUUGACAAAUGUUUAAAUUUUUGUAUAACCAUUCUCCUUUCAGAAACUCACAGAAGGACGUGUGCUAGCAUUCAAUCAUGAGGUUGUUCCAGAUUACCUGCGCACAAAACCAGAACCAGAGGUUGAAGAGAAAGUUCAGCUGUUGAGUGUAAAAGCUUCGUCAAUUACACCAGAGGUGGCACAGGUGAGAUGACAUGAUUUCCCAUUUUUAAUUUAUAUCAUAACCUACAUAAUACCUGGACUGAGACUUCACCUUCCUUCAAAGCAGUUGUUAAUCUGAGCCCAUGUUUUGAAGCAUACAGCCCAUUUAUUUAUUGCUUUUAUUUUUUAUAACAGAUUUUUAGCUUGUUCCUAUGUAAUUUACUCUAUUUACUUGUUUCAGAAAAAGCAUGGAAUUCAGAUAAAAGUGAUUGUCCAAGUUCUUGUAGCUUUGAGAUAAGACAUUUUCACUCACACUAUCAGUGUUAUUUUUGUUUGCAUGCAGCCUUCUGUAUGAUUUUAAUUUUUAUUUUUUGUUUAAUUUUAAAAUUUUAUUUCAUUAGGCUUCUUACUACUAAAGCAAAAGUUCUCAGGACGUGCAGUCAACUUCUUAUGUGGGAGUCCUUAUAAAACUUUAUACAAGUUUUUUGUUUUUGUUUUUUAAAGCAUACUCUACUUCUCUGUACAGUUCAGCAUUUGGGCGUUCCUGUUUUCUUUUUUCUUGUUUUUGAACUCAGUGGUUAUAUUUAGCAAGCUCUGGGUUUACAAUAGAGAAACAAAAAUGGAAGUAAAUUAAUAAUUAAUUCUAAUUUAAUCAAUGUAAAAUAACAUUUUUUUAAGUUGUCUUUUUUUUUUUCAUAAAGUCUUCAUAACUCUGUUAUAUUUUUGUUGCAGUUACUAUGAUUAUAAAAAGGCUGCUUGCAGAAUAGAAAUAAUAUAAAACUGCUGAGAAAACAAAACUCUUCCCUCCCGUAACCAAAGGAAAUUUACUCUUAAAAAAUUAUCUCACUAUUGUAUAUGAAGGAUUAUUUCUUUCUUUUGUAUUCCCCAGAAACAAUUAACAGCUUUAAAUAAAAUUACAAGCAAUAUACUGGACAUUAUCAAUGCCUCUAGUGAUGAAUGGGAUAAAGAUUCUAGUAAGUCAAGUAAAAUGUCACAAAGCUAAAGAAACUACAACUUUGGAUUUUCAAACACUUUUUUUUUUUAGUGCUCUUGUGAUAGUUCAGUUCUUUUACUGCACAGACUGCAGUUCGUAAGACAGUUUAAUAAAUAUUUAUAUUACUGGUACAUUAGAAUGAGUUGAAAAUAAUUGAAGUACCGGUAAUGUUAAUAAAUGAAAUAAGUUGCUCUUUCUUUUAUGGGAUGCUGAUGAUUAAUUUAACUUGGAGAGCAUUUACAAUUUAAAUUAUCUGACUUCUCUUUAGUUCUGUGUUAGUAGGCAUCUGUGGCCUACCGUAUAUUUUAUUGUAAACUUGGAGUUUGUGGCAUUACUAACAAGCUUACUUCUAUGUUAGACAUCAGUGGCCUACUGUAUAUUUUAUUGUCAACUUGGAAUUAUUGGCACAGCUAACAAGCUUUGAUCUAUAAUUAGAAUAAGUAAUGAAAUCAUAAGAUUAAUUAUGUACCGGUACUCUACAUCCUGUAAAAAUAAUCAAAUUGAUGUUAUAUUAGCACUAUUGUUUGCUCACAAAUGUUCAUAGCACCGUAGUAUUAGUUGCUCUAAUGCAAUUUUUCAUAGUAUCAUUUGCUGAAUUUGUUGAAUUUUACUUUUAAUUUCAACAUUAACAAACUAGGUGUUGUGAUUUUUAAAUUAAAAGUCAGAAGUUUGAACAUCUUCAAUCAGGACAUCAGCAAAACACAAAUAUAAGUUGUGCCAGGCAGUGUGGAGUGUCAAGGGAUUUAUUUACAAUUAAUGGUGAACUGAAUUUUCUCGGAGUUCGGCUUUUUCUGGAUCUUAAAUUUGAUUUUGGGAACAGAGUUUUAUAAACUGGUGCUGUUUACUGCACCUGUUUGUGUCUGUUUACUGCCCCUGUUUGUGUCCUUGAUUUACCAAUUCCACAAUCUGUCAUCUCUGUUUGAGAGAUAAACAAAUAGCAUUUCCAAUACUCUUGCCUAAUCCUGUAAGGACAGUAUCAGUAUCAAUAACUUAAAGCUCACUGUACAUGGGGCUUAAAUUUAACACUACCCUUAUAUUUAAAUAUUUACAUAAAGGUACUUAACCAAGUGAUUUUUUUGUGUGGCUUAAGAGGUACCAGUAUAGGGUAUUUGAUCCUAAUCUGGCCCAGUAUUGUCCCCUUCCAAAUUAUUUUCCAUAUAGUAAUAAAUUAGAAUUUGUAGAAAAGCGUUACAGGUUUUCUCCACACAAAAAAAUGGAAAUGAGUGAAACAAAGUAUGGGAAAACCUGAAAAUAAGAAUGCAAAAAAAUAAUGAAUGUGGAAAACAGUAAAAAUAGAAUAAAAUAAAAAUAACCCUUAGGUGCAAUAUAGUAUCCAAGAUGGCAGCGAGAGGAAUGUGACAGAUCAUAUGUAGGUGAGAGAUUAAAUACAGGCAAAAAGUGACAGAAGAGAGGCAAAGUAAGUCCACUGCAAUUAGUCGUAAUGGCAGAGAAAAGGUUUAACCAAAAAAUAAUUCCUUUAGGGUUAUUUUUGUCUGAAUUAGUUUUGUUAAUUGAUCCAGUAUCUUAACAUUUCAAACUUAAAAUGGGUAAGCGCUGUUUAGUCAUCAUGUUGUUGAAUUCUUGGCUUUUGAGAUCAAGUCCUCGCUAUAGUUGUGUAGUAAUAUAUGUUUGAUUUUUUCAAAUACAUCUGUUCAAUGAAAAUAAAAUUUUGACCCCAUAAUUAUGUGAUAACUAAAAUGAAAUAUGUAACUACCACUCUUAGGUAGAUUAUUAUCCAACUCCAGUCCUAAACUAGUUUCAAUUAUUAGUUAAUGGUAACAUGUAACAGAGGUUAACUUGCAUUAAAAUAGUUUAACUUCAGGGAAGUUGUUUUUUAAAAAAACAUAUAUUCUAAAUGUAUCUGAUUUUAUAUUCACCAGGUCAGAAGAAUAGUUUGCCACCAACUUCAGUUCCAACCGAGACAGCGACACUCAUAGGUGCAAUAACAAAGGGGACAAAGUUGCGACGAUCUGAUUCUCAGGGGCAGAUGCAACCAGGUCCUCAAAUGGGACAAAUGCAAGUGCAGCAACAACAACAACAGCAGCUUCAACCACAAAAGCCAAUGAGUAAAUAGAUUCAAUUAUUCAUAUUGCCAUAGAACUAAAAUCGAUAUUGUAUUGUAUAUAUUCAUUUUAUUCUGAAUCAAUUUUUUUUCCUUUUAGUAUCAUUAAUUUUAAUAUUAUUAUUUAUUUGCUAUAAUUAUAUAUUAUAAUGCUUGUAAUCUUUGGAAGCUUUUAAAUGUUGAAAAAUAAUUACUAACAUAGAGAGCAGCAAUUAAAGAGCACAAAAUGGGUCCAGUCUGCCAUAUAGUUGAUUUAAGGGGUGGUCGAUAAAGCAGGCCUGCAUGUGGCUUCCCCCAUCCUCUUUUUUUAAAAACUUUCUUUAUGAUUUUCUUUAUGAUGCCUGUGUUAUUACUCUUUAUGCCAUAACUUACACUUUUAAUAUUUGUAGGGGUACUUGGUGACUUCCUAGUAGUUAUUUUUUUUUAUCUAUAAUGGACAGAGUUGCUCUUCUUUCUUCAUGAAAUAUUUUGUUUUCAGAAUAAUUGUAACAAAUGGGGUUUUUGUCCUUGUUUUUCAGUGCCAGGAACUGGUAUUGGCAGGGUUCCAAGUGCCAUCAAAACUAACAUCAAAGCUGCAGCAACAUCACACCCUUAUCAGAGGCCCUGAUCUUUUGCAAGUUCUUUUAUUUAUAUGAAAAUUUUACAAAAUAAACUAUUUUACAAUGAACUUGACUUCAAAUUUUGCAUACACCUUCAUUUAUAAUAAUGGAUAGAAUUAGAAUAAACUGAUUGAGAGUAAAUGGAUCUUUCGUAAAAUUUUGUUUAAUGCUAACUUCUUAAGGAAAGGGGUAAGGUUAGCAAAUGAACUUUGGGCGUUAUUAUUAUUAUUGCAAUUAUUGGCCUGUUCCACGACAUCCUUCCAUUCAGAAUGAUCCAUGGCUUUUUGCCUAAAUACGCGAACCCCCAACUGGGGUAAAUACUUCUAUACAUGGUCAAUCUAUCUCAGCCUUGGGCGACCGGUGAUUCCUCUGCCCCUAGGUUUCUGCCUGUAUAUCACUAUUGCUGCUCUACAUUUCGGCAUCCUUUCAAUAUGCCCUUUUUUAUUGUUGCAACUAUGGGUGGGUCUUUGUACAAUUGGUAUAGCUCUUGGUUUGUACUGAUUCUCCAGACAUCAUUUUACAUCACUGGGCCGUAUGUUUUUCUGAGGAUUUUCCUCUCUCAUGUAUUGAGAAGGUUCUCUGCUUUUUUGGAAAG